AUGUGGAACAUGCGCCUUAUCGCGGAGAGAAAUGGAAGUUCUUCUGCAAUGGCAAGCCAGCAAGUGACGGAAGAUCUGAAGGCAUUUGAACGAAGGCUUACGGAGUAUGUGUCAUGUUUAGGUCCACAAACCGGAAGAUGGAGACUUAUCCUUGUUAUAUCAUCAGUUGCUACUGCUGCAGGUGCCUGGGGAUUAAUAACAGAUAAUCAACAUCAUCCUUCACUGCUGCAGUAUCUAUGGCAUCACAAGUUGUUUACAGUUAGUUGCUGUAAUUUAUUCAUUCUAUUUAUGCUUGGAAUUCAUAGAAGAGUUAUGGCCCCACAGAUAAUUUUAGCAAGAACAAGAGUAGUUUUAGAGGAUUACAACAUGUCCUGUGAUGAGAAGGGGAGACUAAUUCUAAGACCAAGACCAACAUAACAUAUGCUUUUAAAAUACAUAUGAAAUGAUUUGUUUCUGAUUUCUAAGGGUAAACCUAAUCUUUCAAAUCACUCAGACCAGUUCUAAAUAAUUCAUAAUUUUCAGCUCCUCAAGACUAGAUGUUUCAUUUUCUGUUCAAAACUUGGUCCCUGUUUUUACAGUUAGAGGAAUAAGUUUACGAAGCAAUGUAGUGGAUAUGCCUGAAUGUUUAUGUUUUUCUAAUUUGUACAUUGAUGCGCUGGAACUUUGUGGGUGCGGUGUAGGAAAUAAGCAUUGAACUGCAUGAUGUUAGGGGCUGCUUUCGAUAAUCUUGGCAUGAACUUUGUGCUUUAGAAAAUGGGCGAAGUGUGUCCACUGGAUAAUAUAAAGUAGUGUUAGACUUCUGUGGAUGUUAGUAAAUGAAGAAAAUGAAAUAUUCAUUUCAUAUGUAUUUUAAAUAUUGUAAAUCUACGUUUAGAAAACAUUGUAAUGUAUAGUUAAACAUUAUGUUAUAAAUCAACUGUGGUGUACAGCAUCCAUAUAUAUGAAAAACAAAAAAUACAAAACUUAGAGAAAAACUUGGGAACAGUACUAUUAAACAUCUAAUAGCUAGCUAAGUUAGAUAAUUUGAAGAUUUUUUGAGUGUUAUUGAAGGUAAAAUAUUCAAACAGCAAGAUCUAUUUAACUUUUAAAACACCAUGCAGACCACAUACAUCACAAAUAAUUUGUCAUAUUUGAAAAACUUUCUAGGGAAAGAAGUAUGUCAAGCUCUGUUUAUGAGAAGCAAGUCAAUUUUGGGACAAUCGAACACAAUGAGAAUUACUUGUCUUACGAGCAGCUUAAGGUUACUUCAAACCUUCGCGGGUGUCCUCCAGAAAAAAAUUCGUAUGCGUGCUGUUUUGAAGGAAACCCCACAAACUAUAUAUCAAUAGAAAGUUUAUAAAAUGUAGAAUUCGAUAAAAUUAUAUUCUUUUUUGCCGACUGCUUUCCUAAGGCAGCAGAAGCCGUUAACACCAGAACGACAGACUGAAAUUCCAGCAAAUUAAUCGGGUAUCAAAUGUGAUCAUUGAUGUAAAAUAACUGUGCAGUGUUAAUCGCAAAGCAUCAAUCUCUCAA